AUGAAAGCCUUCUCCAGCUCGGUCAUCAACAAGUCGGGCAAGAAGUUUGCCCCAAAAGCGCCCGUCCGACGCGCCGCGCCAGCUGCACCACCAAGGAGACCAAGUGCAGCCCAGCAAACACCCGUUCCGACUCCCCAGCAAUCACAGCCUGCUGCGACAGAGACCGCGACUACCCCUACACCCGAGCCACCUGUUUUCGCGCCUGAGCCGUCCGUCGCCGCAGCGGAACCGCCGGUCGCAGAUUCAUCCGUUACCCAGAAGACGGCAGAUUCAAAGCCAAACCAAGCCGCGACAGCUGUUCCCAUUCCUGCGCCAAACCGAAAAGCGUCCGUUUCUACACCUAUCCCUAGACCUUCUUCGAAACCUGCCGCUCCUCAAACUACCCCACCCCCGCGCAAGACACCAUUUACUGAACCGGCGCCUGUAUCUGCGCCUGCACCUUCAAGACCUGAGGCUGAGGUCAGAACCGAAGAGAACGUACUCCCAGACGCUACCCAUGAAACAGCUCGCGAUGGAACCUUAGCAUCACCUCCACCGUCGCAAGCUCGGCGCCCUUCAACCAAUGCGACUGAGGUCCGCCCAACGAAACGUCAGAAAACUGCUGCUGCUACGGAAUCAGUAGCGCCAUCCGUGGAAGCUCCAUCAGCGGAAGCGCAACCGCUUACUCCUCCAGCUACACAGACUGAGACCGAAGAGACUGCCAACCCUGAAAUUGAAUUGCGAGCUACCCCUGCCAGCAAAGCUCGGAAGACGACGAAACCAAGGAGUAGGAAGCCAGCGCAAAAUGAGACGGAGGAUGGAACGAGUACGCAGCGCAAAAGGAAGCCACGUGUGCGACAGCCACGUGAACCAACCCCUGAAGGCGCAGAGAAUAUCGAGAUCGCGCCGACAGCCAUGAAGAUGUCAGACCUCUGCAAGGAUGUACGGACAGGAAAGAUGUCCAAGAGGGAACUGGAAUUACGGAAUAUGGAAACGGCAGAACAAGAACGCAAAGAAAAGGUACAACAGGAAGGCGAAGAUACCGAGUCGAUACCUAUAAAGCAGAAUGGGGAAGCAGCAUCCUCGGCACCACCGCAGGACGGGAAUUCCGAGGGUAAGCAGCAAGGAGGGCAAGCAGGACCGGUGAUGAGAAUCGUCAAUGGGGAAAUUGUGCUUGAUACAGCGUCUUUGCAAGUCGACCGUCACGCGGAUGCAGCUCGGGAUCUGGGAGAACUGGAGGAUGUCGUUGAAAACUCGCUUACACGCAAGGUCAACCAAGCCAGUUACGGCAAGCGAUCCAAGACCGAAUCUUGGGACGAAGAGAUGACCGACCUCUUCUACAGAGGACUGCGGAUGUUCGGCACUGAUUUCAUGAUGAUCAGUAAAAUGUUCCCCGGUCGAUCCAGGCGCCAGAUAAAACUCAAAUUCAACAACGAAGAGCGCAAAAAUCCCGGCUUGAUCAAGGAUACGCUUCUCGGCCCGAGCGAGUCCAUCGACAUCGCAACUUACUCCGAGAUGACAAACACGGUUUACGAUGACCCCAAGUUCAUCCAGCAAGAACUGGACGAAGAGAAGAAGCGCAUUGAGGACCAACAUGCCAAGGAGAAGGCAGCGCAAGAGGAAUUGCUUCGCAAUCCGGACGGCGCGAAUGAAGGCAACGCUGCUGAUAAGAACAACGGAGCACCAACAAAGGGCAAGCGGAAUAGCAAAAAGCAAGCUAAGAACGUCGCCGGCGGGACGGAAGAAGUUGUUGGCUCGAUUGAUGAUUUUCCAUGA